AGAGGUAGAACUCAACUCACAGGCAGGACAGAGAGAGAGAGAGAGAGAGAGAGAGACCCAGUGAAGACCUUUGAAGAUCUCUGAAGAAGUGAAGCUACAACUGAAGAUUUGUGAAGGAGACUAUCACCAUGGCGAUAUUGACCAUCAUUCUGCUUGUCAGCACGGCUUUUGCUUUGGGAGAUUGUACGAUACGACCCAAGACCCGCUGUGAGCGUUUAAGAGAUUCCAAUAAAAACAGCCUGCCUGGAGCCUACCUCCCAACUUGUGACUACCAGGGACAAUACACCCCUGAGCAAUGUUGGGCAUCUACAGGUUCCUGUUGGUGUGUGACCUGUAAUGGACAGAAGAUCAGGGGUACUGAGACUCCACCAGGCACUGCUCACACCAUCUGUGCCACCCUGAUUUGCUCGUAGAUGAAAGGCGUUGGAAUGAAGACGUUAAAAAUACUUUGACAGUUUCUUUACUGUCCUACAGGAACUGCUUCCCAUUCCAUACAAAUAAAUAAAUGAAGAAAUCCUGAGAGAAUUUAAACUUUUAA